UCCAUUUUAUACAAUCUUAUGCAGUUGAUUUCAUGAAUCAAUUUAUCUUAGUCAGAUAAAUUUGGCCUUGACCAUAAAUGUUGACAUUCUUGCCGCCCUCAUGUUUCAUCUCCUUAGAAAAUGCAUGCAUCCUUCAUCAUUUAUCCAUAUUAUAUAUAACACAUGCAUCAUUUAAGUAAUAGUCCUAUCUAUAGUGCUACCUCAAGUCAAUAUCAAUGGAGAAACAUGAAGUGUUAUUGCCUAUCUCAGCUUCACUUGAUGCUUCUCCUUUUGAAGUUAAUCGCGGUAGUUGCUCUAAUGUUCAAGUUCAAAAUGAAAUAAAAUCUAAAAGAAAAGAGAAAUUAAGCGAGAGAAACUGCAAAGAAAUCAUGAAGCACAGAUAUGUAUUUCAAACAAGGAGUCAGAUUGAUAUACUAGAUGAUGGGUUCAAGUGGAGAAAGUAUGGAGAAAAGUUAGUGAAAAAUAGCAAAUUCCCUAGGAGUUAUUACAAAUGCUCGUAUCGAGGAUGCAAUGUAAGAAAACAAAUCCAAAGACAUUCCAAAGACGAGCAGAUCGUGGAAACAACUUAUGAAGGGAUGCAUAUUCACCCUGUCGAGAAGUCGGCUGAAAGCUUUGACCAGAUCUUGAGAAGCUUUAUUACAAGCAAUCAACUAAAUAAUGUAAAGUAUAAUGUCUAGUAAUUUGCCGUUGAUGAGUGACAUCUCUCAGUACAUAUUCCCUUUCAGAUCUGAAUAAAUUGUUUUAACA